AUGGCGGGUCUGUUUGGUGUAAGGUCGAAAGGAAACUCCUCGUCAGAUAUCAAGUACACAGAGCUUCCACAACAUAUCAGUGAUGAUGAAGAUGAACUAUUUAAUGGGGAAGACGAUCUUUUGUUUGUGGCCUCUGCCACAAAUAGCUUACAGAAUGGCACGGGCUCACACAAAAACAAGAGAAAUGGUCUUUACAGACAAGGAGAUGUUAUUGAAAUGGGUAACCUAGGGGGUAGCCCAAUCAAACGAGCUCGUCUGCAGCCAUCAGUCGAAGUUCGCCCAGCCUUGUUUGCUAGAAAGUGCCUUUUUAUCUUUACCAUACUUGUGGUGGGGGCUCUGGUGAUAGCAUUGUCUGUAGGGCUUCCUGGAUGGCAGACACACGUUGUCAACAAUUCAACAUGGACUAAACUUUAUGAUGAGUAUGGCACAGAGUCCUGCAUCAGACUACAUGAUUUGGAUGGAGAUGGGUUGUUGGACAUUGUAUUUGGGUUUGGCUCCGCCAAGGACCUGUCCACUGACACAGAGAAAGAUCUCAUUGAUUACUGUAAAAGCAUAGGUCAUUCCUUCCCCUGUGUUGGUGUACUGGUUGGUCUCAGAGGAAAAGAUGGGCAGGAAUUGUGGAGAGUGAAUACAGAAUCUGCUGUAUUUCUCAUGAACUGUGAACACAUUGAUGUCAAUCAGGAUGGCAAGACAGACUGUAUUGUCUCUGGCAGACAGGGAACCAUUGCUGCUAUUAAUCCUAAAACAGGUGAUCAUUUGUGGAAAGCUGAGCGGACCUAUCUGAUGAGGCAGUGGAACAUUUACCAGGUGUCUGCCUUACCUGACCUGGAUGGUGAUAAUGUGCCAGAGAUCCUUGUUCCUCAUGGAGGAGAGCCGAGUUUUCCACCUGAGGAACAUAAUCGUCAUGCUGGUCGGCUAAUUGUCCUCUCUGGUAAGACCGGCAAGUGUUUGGGCAGGUAUCUGGAUAUGCCUGACAGUAAGGAGACGUACAUGAGCUCUGUCAUAUACAGUAUGCCAGACCAGUCACAGUACAUACUGUUUGGUAGUGGAGGAGAAACUGUCCCAGGUGAUUUCAUGGCAAUCUCUCUACGAGACUUUUACCGUUACGUGAUGAGCACAACAAAAGAUGCCCCGACUAUCAAGGGGAACUACUCUCAUUGGUCUCAUGUUCCCAAAGAUGACAAAGGCAUUAUGAAGCUUUUCAGUGGUAAUGAGACAGGGGUUAUGGUACCACCGGUCAUGGCAGAUGUCAAUAAUGAUGGUAUAAAGGACAUUCUCAUGACAGCCUUUGAGGGGAAGAUGAUACUGUUUGAUGGCAAAACCUUGAAUAUAUUAUGGACAUUAUCACUGAAAGGAUAUCAGACUUACAGCACACCAGCACCAGGUUAUUUUGAUGGGGAUGAUCACUUAGAUUUCAUGACUUCCUGGAACAGUGGCACCUGGCCCGAAUACAAGCAUGCAAUGAUGAUUGUAGUGAGUGGUGCAGAUGGGGUUAUACUGUGGAAGACUUACUCGCAGGAGUACAACAUGGCCUCUCCUCUCUCCCUCCAAACCUCUCACUAUCAUCAGGAUGCCUUCCUCUUCCAGCUGGUGGGUAGGACCGGCAAGAAAGUGAAUGAUGUAAACGGGGCUAUCCAUGGCAUAGGAGCUCAGAGAAAUCUGACGAGAAGAUCAUCAGGAAGUGAAAAGAUGCAAGACUUCCCUACUUCUUAUGGUGAAGAUCAGCUGAGGCAUAGUCGAAAAAAUGGUUAUAGAAGUCGUUUGCCUGUAUAUUCCACUCCACAGCCAACACUCCAAUCAGCAAGGGAGAGAACUGCUGGUGUGUCAGCAGAACAAAGAAAUUCAGCACAAACUGAGCCAUAUGAAGUGCCUGAGAGCAUUGAGGGAGCUGAGGAAGGUGAGGAGGGUGAUUACCUGAACUGUGCCAUGGAUCUGUCCUCGGUUAGCUCUGAGAUCUUCCUGAUGGAUCGCACCACACUUACAGCUCCUAUCCUCAUCUGGCAGAGGGCCGCUGAGAUCUACAACUACACUCUCACAGAUGAAGACAGAAGUUUGAUAUUGGCAUCUCUAAAUAAACACAAAGAGCCCGGAAAGCAACCUUUAACAGAAUUAUCAGAGUCAUCAGUAAACGGUACUCUGGGGGACUUUUGUACAGUGUUGUCAGCUGCUGUACUCACAACAGGAGCUGUUGGUGAUGUAGAUGGGGAUGGCAGCCUGGACUACAUUGCCUUGGAUGGGAUGAUUGGACUGAUCAAGGACAGACUGGGUAGUUACAUCAGGAUGCAGGCCAAGACCUAUGUGAGUAAGGUAAACCUGGUGGCUGAGGUGAGGAGGUUACACACCAUUAACAUCAAGACAGGGGGCGCUCUGCACCACACAGGCUCCUCCGGCAAGAGAUUCCAGUUCCUGGAUUAUGACCAGCAGAAGUGGACACAGUAUUUGGGGAAAUUGGGCAAUGGGGUUUACUAGUUAUCUGGAUAUUUAUUGUGAGAUUGUAUGUAGUAAAACGAGUAUUGUUUCUUGACCUCUCAUAGGAUGUUUAAGUUUUGUUUCAUUUUAAUGCCUUCACAAGAUCGCAGGAAAAGUGAAUUUAAAUAUUUUUAGCUGGCCUCUACAAAGUACGCCAAGCAUCAGCAUCAUAAGACAUCUGAAGUCAAGUUCAGGUGGCUUGUUAAAGUGAACAUAAAGUCUGCCAGUAUUUAUAUAUAGGAAAAAGGAUACAGGACACAGUUAUUACAGAAAAAUAUCUAAAAAAAAUUCUCAAACAUUUUGAAAGCCAAGAAGAUGAAGCUCAGCAUUGAGGACAUGUUACUGGCAGACAAUUCACUGAGAGUAGCCAUAUUGUAGAAGCUCUUAUGAACUUGGUCAAUCACUGGCGCUGAAAGCGUCAUGUGAUAAUUGGCUGUCACGUCAAAAAACCUGCUCAUUUGUCAGUGUGGUUUGUUAUAGUGGAUAGAAACAUAGGCCCUUUGAAUACAGAACAGAGUUGAUACUCUCUCAUUUGGUAUCAGACGUGUUUGUUUGUAUUUUCUCAUUGUCACAAUGUUUAAUACCGAUGAUACAGGAGAGCUCCUAGGUUUUGUGAUGUCACCCUAGAUAGCUAUAACAUGGCAAAAUUCACCAAUUGAAUUGAAAGGUGCUGACAAUCAUUUGCUAUUUAUUUUGUUGUUCAGGGGUGUAGAAUUUUUAAAAUAUUUUUAGAACAUUUCUAGACAACUACUUUAUUAGUUAUUAGUUAAUUCAGGUUUAGUGGCUGACUUUAUGUUCACUUUUGGUGUGGUAUUUCAAAAGUAUUCCCUCUAUUGAGCUCAAAUUUUACUGAAUAUAAAGUACAUUAAUAUGAGGGGUGCUCUAUCAUUGAUGUUUUUUAUCCUUGUUAAUUAUCAUAAAUUGCAUUGUCUUAUGAGUUAAUCUUCUGUGUAUUAGAAUCAGUUUUAAGGUAAAUGUUAAGGGUGGUGUCCCAGAAAUUUCCCAGCUUGUGUUUUGCAUACAUGCAUGGUACAAUGACGUCAGAUAGAUACAUGUAUUCCAUCGUUGAUGUGCCAAAUGCAUGUUAAUUAAUACAGCUAAAGUUUUGCAUUCAUGUGUCUCCUAUAGGUGAGCUCUUUGGUUAUUUUUUAUACCGUCUGUAAAAUAUCAAGGUUCCACAUUCCUUAUAUCCUAGAGAAAUGUAAAUUUUUAUUGAAAUAUAGAAGAUUACCUCCAUUUGAAGGUAUAAAUGAAUUUGUAUUAUUGUUGUAAUGUAGCUUAUGUCAUACAGUGUUCAGGUAAAUGUUAUGGAUGGUGUCUUAAGAAGUGCUACAUGUAUGGAUCUCAGGUUUUGCUGUGUGCAUAUUGCUGUAAAUUGCAAAAUUUAGGACUUGGUAUCUUGUGUAUUAGAAUCAGGCAAAUGUUCGGGAUGAUAUCUUAAAAAUACUC